UGCAAAUCAAAUGUGCCGGUUACAAUGAACGUAGAAUACAGGAGGGAUAGAAGGCCCAAGAACCCAAACAACUAGAUCUCGUGCCUUGCAGGAAAAGUCAAAAUAUUAAAAUAGCGUGCAAGUUGUGCCACAAACACGUCCUAGGUGAGUGCCAUUGUCAAGAACACACCAAUGAAACGGUUGCACUGAUGUUUUGCUGGGAACGAUGGAAAUUAACCAGCCUCACCAAAAUAUGCGUUGGAUUGUGGUUUGCUGCUGAAUGGGGUGGUUAGAUUGGAACCAACAUGUUGAGUGAGCCAUGUGUUGCAUACUGUUGCCAUUAAAUUCAUGGUAAUGAUUACGAAUUAUUGUUCUUUUUAUGCUCCAUAUAACACCCAAUUUUGCGUCAGUGUUUUGCACCCAUGUGUUUUGAGGCAAUGCUUAAUUAAUGCGAUUUGGCUUCUCUGUGGUUUGUCAGUAGAUUUGUUUUUGUAUUUCUCUGAGACAAAUCUGCCCAAGUUGCAGUUUAGUUCAAAAUAAUAGUUUAAAAAAUUUGCCACGCCAUCACUGGCGCCCUUCCUCUUUUCCACAACACCUCAGUAUAUUGCAUCUUCUCCUUCUCAAGCAAUUGAUCGGCCAGGUCUAUGAAAAAGAUCAGUUUCUUAUUCCCAACUGUUUUGUCAUUUCCAGCAAGGGUGGAUUUGCUCAUGCAUUCUCAGCUUCUCUGAUAUAUCGAGCUGAGCCCUACUACUAUAUUAAAUCAACAACUCUAUUGGUCCAGGCAGCUUGACCAUUGAUUACCUCCCUCCAAUGAAUGCACUGAGCAUUUAAGUUCUACAUCUGCAAUAAUUCUUGGUGUUGUCUAUUGCAGGCUUUGCUAUUUCAUUUGCUUCAAUUUGUUUCCACCAAGGAAACAUCCUACCAAUAAAUGCUCAUGUAGUUGCUUUUACCCUUUAUGUUUUUCACAGCAAUGCCUCCACGCAAGAGGAAACAGCAGAGUAAACCGUUGAUAUCAAACAGGCUAAGAAGUUCAGUUCCAGAGCAGAUUUUCCCACAACAAUCGCCCCCUGCCUCACUCUAUGAGUAUGAUCAACCAAGUGCUUCUAAUUGCCUGACACGCACGCCACCAAGGAAAUUCCCUGUCCCGAGUUCAAAGAGUGUACCUGCCUUUAUGAACCUUGAUCAACCACCCCGAGAUCCAUAUAUAGAUCCUUCCAUUGAACAAGUUGGGGUUGCUGGCGCAUCAAAUGGUCGUCGACAAAUUCCAACAGCAAGAAUGCCCUUGCAUGAUGAUAUUCUUAAUAUAGGCAAACCAGAAUGUGUAUGUGCAUUCUGUGGUGCCAUGUUUUGGCCUUUGGAACGCCUUGAUCGACGGAGACCUACGAAUAAUCCAGUCUAUACUUUGUGUUGUCAGAAAGGUCGUGUUUCGCUCCCACUACUACAACAACCACCUCCAUUGUUGGCUGAUUUGCUACGACUAGGUGGUAGCCCUAUGUCAAAGCAUUUCAAAGACAAUAUUCGUCCUUAUAACGGUGCUCUUUGCUUCACGUCUUUUGGUGCUUCAAUUGACCCCAGAUCGUUGUUGAGUGGAGGACCUUGUUCGAUGGUCAUAUGUGGAGAAAAUGACCACCGAAUAGGAUCAUUGCUGCCACCUGAUGGAGAAAAGCCUAAGUUUGAUCAACUCUAUGUCUUUGAGCCAGAGAAUGAGAUUGAUCAUCGCCUUUCCAACCUUGCCUCGCGGGACUCGCAACUACUUCCAGAGUUUCUCACUGCCUUGCUGCAGAUGUUGGACCAGCACAACGUGUUAGUGAAAACAUUCAGGCGUGUUCGUCAACAUCUCCAAGAUUCUAAUGCACCACAUAUGAAACUGCGCAUCUUCAGGGCCAAGAGCAUAAAUAGGCAAUACGAUUUGCCAACAAGCGCUGAUGUUGCUAUGCUUAAUCCUGGGGAUUUCAUACCUGAUAGGGAUGAUAGGGACAUCAUUGUCGACCACAUUUAUGAAGGUUUGAAGCGCAUCACAAGUUUGAACCCAAAAUUUGAUGCUCUUCAUUUCCCGUUGUUGUUCCCGUACGGCGAAGAUGGUUAUCAUCCACUCAUUAAAUAUAACCAGUCUCGCGGCCCGCAUUCUAUGCGAAGGCAAUGUGUCACACAGCGUGAGUACUACGCAUUUAGGCUCCAAUAUCGUCAGCAUGAGGGCCGUACAUUGGUCCAAGCAGGUAAGGCGCUUCAACACUAUUGUAUAUAUGCUUUCUCUUCUGUGGAACUCAAUCGGCUGGAGUUUUUGAGGUGCCACCAACCCGAGCUGCGAGCAGAAGUCUAUCAAGGUUUGCAAGAUGCUAUGGCACGUGGAGAUCUUGAUGGUGAUAAGGUCAGACAUGUUGUCUUGCCAGGGACUUACAUUGGUAAUCCCCGUAACAUGCAACAGUUGUACCAUGAUGCGAUGGCAGUGGUUGAGUUCUAUGGAAACCCUGAUUUAUUCAUAACAUUCAUGUGUAAUUCGUUAUGGGAGGAAAUGUCACAGGCUUUUGAUGCAAUGGUUGGCACGAAUAGUGCUGACAAGCCAAUGGUUGUGGCUAGGAUAUUUCAUAUAAAGCUCUACAUACUGAUCGAUGAUAUUAAGAGAGAAAACUACUAUGGAAAAACAAUUGCAAUCAUGUACACAGUGGAGUAUGAGAAGCGUGGCUUGCCAAACAUACAUUUGUUGGUUUGGCUCGAAGAGCCUGAUAAGUUAAGGACAACAGCUGAUGUGGAUGCAAUUAUAUCAGCAGAAAUCCCAGAUCCUGAACUUGACCCAGUGGGAUAUGAAGCUGUGGUUAAAUACAUGCUGCAUGGGCCAUGUGGUGAUUCCAAUAAAAAUGCACCAUGUAUGAGGGACAAAAAAUGCUCAAAAGUGGGUAAGUGUUCUAAACAUAUCCCCAAAGAGUUCAAUUCAGCAACCACGUUUGACAAGUCUAGUUGUGUUGCUUACAAAAGAUCGGAUUCUGGAAUCCAAGUUCAAAAGGGAAGCGCAUUUUUGGAUAAUCGUCAUGUAGUGCCAUACAACAGGAAUCUUUUGGUGCGGAUGCAAGCCUACAUCAAUGUUGAGGUGUGUCACAAAGGGAAACUCAUCAAAUACCUUUUUAAAUACGUGACAAAGGGACCCGACAUAUCAUUGGUGAUUGCUGAAGAUUCUGUUGCACCACACAACAAUCCACUAACUCAAACUGCAAGGCGCAGGGAUGAAAUCCAACAAUUCAUUGACUGCAGGUCAUUGUCAUCUUAUGAAGCUAUAUGGAGACUCAAUGAGUAUCCAAUUCAAGUUAGAAAACCAUCAGUGGUGCGGCUGGGAGUGCAUCUUGAUGGCCAGCAGAAGGUGUCAUACAAAAAACAGUCAAACGUUCGGAAUGUGUUGGGGAAUCCUAAUGCAGGGAAGACACAUCUUACAGAAUGGUUUGCCCUUAAUAGGAGAGAUCCUGAAGCAAGGAAGUUGACAUACUCACAGAUACCUAAUAAGUAUACAUGGCUUGCAGAUUGUAAAGAAUGGGAUACGUGCAAGCGCGGUUUUGCAAUCGGCAGGGUUGCAUAUGUGUCGCCAAGCAGUGGUGAUGUUUUCUUUUUGCGGAUUAUGUUGUCCAAGGUUCGUGGAGCUCUUAGCUACACUCUCCUGAGAACUGUUGCUGGUGAGGUAUGCCCUGAUUUUGAAAAGGCUUGCGAUCGGUUAGGCCUUCCGUCGGAUUCAUCGGAGUGGAUCAGAGUUUUUAAUGAAAUAGCAAGCUCCAGCAUGCCAAGAACAAUUCGAAGCACCUUUGUAUCUAUGCUUAUGUUCUGUGAAAUCUCAAGUCCUAUUGCAUUAUUUAAUGCCGCUUGGCGCCUUAUGGUAGACGAUUAUGCUUAUACCAUCAGCGGGAAUCGGCAAUCAAGAGAUCAAAACCCAACGGACGAAAGACUGCAAAAUUGGGUUCUACGGCAGCUUCAGCAAUUGCUUGGGUCUCACUCCUCGACACUCCAAGAUUUCAAUUUACCCAUUCCCAAUAACGAUGUGGUUGACGAUGGAACAAACUCACUCAUCAAUGAUCACCUUAACUUUGAUGUCGAGGAGCAGCAGCAUCUUUUAGAGAACAUGGUGCACUCGCUAAACAUGGAAAAACUCCACGUAUAUUCAUCUAUGGUAAGCUCAAUGCACAACAACAAAAUGAUGUCCCUUCUUAUACGGCCAUGGAGGAAUGGGAAUGACAUUUCUCUACAACGCAAUAACAGCCAAGCUAAGGAGUUUAUCAAAGAUAGUUGUUUUGGUUGCUUCAUCAGGAAUUGCAGCAACUCUAUUGCCUAAAGCAACCACUGCACAUUCAAGGUUUAAAAUACCUCUAACUCUUGAUGCAACAUUUACGUGUUCAAUUAAAAAAGGAACACAUCUUGCUGAAUUGCUUAUGGAAGCUUCUCUGAUUAUAUGGGACGAAGCCCCAAUGACACAUCGAAGAGCUUUCGAAGUUGUUGAUCGUAGUCUCUGCGACAUAAUGAAUGUACCUUUGAGAGGGCUGCUUUACAAACCUUUUGGAGGGAAAACAGUGCUUUUUGGCGGGGAUUUUCGACAAACCUUGCCAGUGAUCACUGAGGCUGGUCGUGAGCAAACCGUCGAUGGAUCGUUGACAUGAUCAGUCCCGUGGGAUUCUUUUAAGCAGCUAAAGUUGACAAGGAACAUGCGUAGUUCUGAAUCUAUGCCAGGUGAGAGACAGUUUCUUCAUGGCUACACAUUUGCAGAGUGGGUCUUGUCUUUGGGAGAUGGAAGACUGAAGACAGAAUCAUUCAAACCAGAUGCACCAUCAGAUUGGGUUAGAAUUCCACAAUUAUUUAUAGCGGAACAUGGGAGCGACCCCAUUGCAUCUAUUGCAAGUGAUAUUUAUGAUGGGUUUUCACAAAAUUACAAGUCCCCGUCGUACCUUGCAAAUAGAGCAAUUAUCACGCCAACAAACGCUACUGUUGUUGAACUCAAUGAAUAUAUGAUGCAAUAAGUGCCUAGCCAAAUGAAGACGUACUACAGCUUGGAUUCACUUUUGCAGUCAACAGAAACAAGUGAUUCCUUCGAUGAUUACUACCCUACAGAAUUUCUUAACACAUUGACUUUCAACGGGGUCCCAGAUCAUGAACUUGCUCUAAAAAACAAUACUUUGGUGAUGUUGCUGCGCAACUUGAAUCCAGCUCUUGGCUUAUGCAAUGACACAAGGAUUAUGAUAACAUCGUUGGGCGACAAUGUCAUAAAAGGAACCAUUUUGGGUGGUGCUAACGAUACAGAUGAGGUUAUCAUUCCAAGGAUUGUGCUUAAUGUUGAAAAUUCCAGGUGGCCAUUUGUUCUCAAAAGAUGGCAAUGUUCGCUUAUGCUAUGUUAUGACUAUAAACAAGAGUCAAGGCC